GAGGUCCGACGAGCCCAGCACCGCCCUAUGGCUAUGGAGGUCCGCCGCAGGGUGCCGCCGCGGGGCCGGUCGAGCGGUGGGGAUGGGGAGCGGGAGCGGGUGCGGGUGCAGGCCGGGGACGCGCUGCCGCUGCCGAUACGGCACACCAACCUCAUCUUCUCCGCGCUGUUCGCUGUGUCGCUGGCGUACCUGAUGCGGCGGUGGCGGGAGAAGAUCCGCUCCUCCACGCCGCUCCACGUGGUGGGCCUCGCCGAGAUCGUCGCCAUCUGCGGCCUCGUCGCGUCGCUCAUCUACCUCCUCAGCUUCUUCGGCAUCGCCUUCGUGCAGUCCGUCGUCUCCAACAGCGACGACGAGGAGGACUUCCUCAUCGAUUCCCGCUCGCGCGGGGGCGCCCACGCACAGGGGCCGCCCGCGCCGGCCCCGUGCGCGCUGCUGGGGAACCCCGCCGCCGCGCCGGAAAAAAUGCCGGAGGAGGACGAGGAGAUCGUGGCCGCGGUGGUGGCCGGGAAGAUCCCGUCCUACGUGCUGGAGACCAGGCUCGGUGACUGCCGCCGGGCAGCCGGGAUCCGGCGGGAGGCGCUGCGGCGGAUCACGGGCAGGGAGAUGGACGGGCUUCCGCUCGACGGGUUCGACUACGCGUCCAUUCUCGGGCAGUGCUGCGAGCUGCCGGUGGGGUACGUGCAGUUGCCGGUGGGCGUCGCUGGGCCGCUCCUGCUCGACGGGCGCCGGCUCUACGUACCAAUGGCGACCACCGAGGGCUGCCUCGUCGCCAGCACGAACCGCGGAUGCAAGGCCAUUGCCGAGUCCGGCGGCGCCUCCAGCGUCGUGCUCAGGGACGGGAUGACGCGAGCCCCGGCCGUCCGGUUCCCAUCUGCCCGCCGCGCCGCUGAGCUCAAGGGCUUCUUGGAAGACCCCGCCAACUUCGACACCCUGGCCGUCGUGUUCAACAGGUCGAGCAGAUUUGCAAGGCUGCAGGGGGUGAAGUGCGCGAUGGCAGGGAGGAACCUGUACGUGAGGUUCUGCUGCAGCACGGGGGAUGCCAUGGGGAUGAACAUGGUCUCCAAAGGCGUCCAGAAUGUGCUGGACUACCUCCAGGAUGACUUCCCUGAUAUGGAUGUCAUCAGUAUAUCAGGUAACUUCUGUUCUGACAAGAAGUCAGCUGCUGUAAACUGGAUUGAUGGGCGUGGGAAAUCCGUGGUUUGUGAGGCAAUAAUCAAAGAAGAUGUUGUGAAAAAGGUUCUCAAGACAAACGUUCAGUCACUCGUAGAACUGAACGUGAUCAAGAACCUUGCUGGCUCAGCUGUUGCUGGAGCUCUUGGGGGUUUCAAUGCCCAUGCAAGCAACAUUGUAGCAGCCAUCUUCAUUGCCACUGGUCAGGACCCUGCACAGAAUGUGGAGAGUUCCCAGUGCAUUACAAUGUUGGAAGCUGUAAAUGAUGGCAAAGACCUUCACAUCUCUGUUACCAUGCCAUCUAUUGAGGUUGGUACAGUUGGUGGAGGUACUCAGCUGGCCUCACAGUCUGCCUGCUUGGACCUGCUUGGCGUCAAAGGCGCGAACAGGGAAUCCCCAGGAUCAAACGCAAGGCUCCUGGCCGCGGUGGUUGCUGGUGCGGUCCUCGCUGCGGAGCUGUCACUAAUCUCUGCCCAAGCCGCUGGCCAUCUGGUCCAGAGCCACAUGAAAUACAACAGAUCCAGCAAAGAUAUGUCGAAGGCUGCCUCUUGAGCGCAUCAUUUCGACCUUUGCAGAGGAAACGGACAGACCCAAAAAUGUUGAAUACUGUCUAGUUGUUUUAUACUCUUUGGGAGAACGGAGGGAGAAGGGUUUCAUAAGUUGAUUCCUUGUGGUAAAAGGAAAACCCAGGUGAAAAUUUUCCGUCGACUUGUCAUAUUUACCAGGCAAAGGGAACUGUACUUAUCGACGGAUCCUGGAGUAUGACCUAUUUAAUUCGUUGAUGUUGUUGGUGUCCGUCUACUGCCGUUGACCCCCGCUUUCUCUGCAUCUUGUUUUGCCCGUCUCCUAGACUUUGGAGAUUCUGACCAUGGGUUUUUGUCCAAAGCUUACAUCACACCCACUGGAUGCUUCCUCUGCUCUGCUGUGGCGCCGGCAGCUGACUGGUGCUUGUAUUUCAGCUCUGUAAAUUUUUACUUUUGUUCCAAUCUUUUGAAUAGUAGAGUCAGUGAAGUCGGUGAUGUGGUUGUAAAGAAAGUGUGGUCCAGAAUAAAAAGUUUCAUAUUUUAUUGUCUCUCUA